GUCCUCUCGAAGCUGCGCUCUGCACUGACCGCAGAGGGGCUGCCGGAGGACGCCAUGCAGCGUGUGAUGGGUGCUGUGCAAGAAGCUUUUGAGGAGGAGGAAGUCGAGCUUCUUCCGGAGCCAUCCUCCAAGGCGCACGAGUUCGUUGAUGACACAUCCCCUUUGACGGAGGAUGAAAGCCCAACUGCCCCAACAGAGGCGCCGGCAGCCGCAGAGGAUCCAACUAGCGAGGCGGAGGCGCUUGUCGAGCAUGUCGAGCCUGAACCGUCCACGCGUCCACCUUCGUCCGCGUUCCUG